AUGCGUAAAUGGAGCAUUGAAAUAGUAUUAUUAAAUGAAGAAGGCAAUGAAGUUCCAGCAACAAUAUUUGACAAAGUUAUUUACCAUCUACAUCCAACAUUUGCUAAUCCCAACAGGACUUUUACUGAAGUCCCAUUUAAAAUCGAAGAACAAGGUUGGGGUGGGUUUCCUCUAGAUAUAUCUGUUGUACUUUUAGAAAAAGCUGGGGAAAGAAAAAUUACUCAUGAUCUAAAUUUUCUGCAGGAAACUUACCAGGUAGACCACGUUAUACAGAUACCAUUGAAUAAACCUGUUUUAAUAGCUGAAUCAGCUAAAAGUGGACCAGUAGAAGACACAAGCACCAAGCGUAAGGCCACUACUGCUAGCGAAGUCAAACCUAAAAAAGCCAAAACUGCUAGUACAUCGACUAUUAAAGGUAAUGUCGAUUUGGAGAAACUUGCAUUUGGGUUAACUAAAUUAAAUGAAGAUGAUUUGGUCGGCGUUGUUCAAAUGGUAACUGACAACCGUUCGGAUGAAAUGAACGUCACCAAUAAUCUUGAAGAUGGAGAAUUCAUUAUUGAUUUAUAUAGUCUUCCUGAUGGUCUAUUAAAAAGUCUAUGGGAUUACGUGAAAAAGAACACUGAUUAA